AUGUCGGGGUUUCGUUCGUCGUCCCCGUCACGCUCGAAAGCGGAGUCGCUUUCAAAUACCAACCACCAAACAGAGAGCACGUUGGCAGCCAGGAGGCCAUCAUGGACACCGUCUAUCACAGAACCUGAAGACAGUCGUUUCCAAUCAAGACGCCGUUCAAAACACUCUGAAGAAAAUCUAUCAGAUUGGGCCGGCUCUGCAUCAGCCCUUUCCAAGUCACGAAGACCGUCCUUUCCUCCUCCCAUCACAGAAGGCUACCAACGCGCUAGAAGACCUCGCGUCGAACAUGAAGAAAGCCCAGAGAUUGUCAAGUUCGGUGGAACGAGUCAGCCUGCAUCGGAAGGAAAGAGCCUAUAUUCGAGUUGGGAAAUCAAUGUAAAGGAUUUGGUGGGCGAUGCUGUCGGGAAUAUGAGCAUAAGUCCAGCGUCGCGUGAUAUCGUUUUGGCUGCCCGACGAGGUCUAUUCAUUAUCGACCUCGACUACCCCCUCAGGAUUCCCAGAUUUCUUCCUCAGGGCGGAACCUGGGAUGUAGCAGAUGUACAGUGGAACCCUCAUCCGAGUCAUGCUCAGUAUAUUGUGUCGACAUCCAGCGAGAAACUACUUAUUUGGAACCUGCGCCUUGGUGGAAAGACUUCCAUUGAACACAUCCUCAAGUCGCACUAUCGAGCUAUCACAGACAUCAAUUGGCAUACGACAGAGUGCGACAUUGUGGUCAGCACUGGAAUAGAUUCAUGGAUCUGGGCAUGGGAUCUUAGAGAACCCAAUAAGCCGAUUUUUGGUUUAUCCGCCUUCAAAGCGGGUGGAACACAAGUCAAAUGGAACUACCAAGACGGAAAUCUACUAGCGUCGUCCCACUCCAACGAAGUCUUGAUUUGGGAUAGGCGGAAAGGAUCUCUUCCAAUUACACGGAUUCGUGCCCAUUCCUCAAAAAUAUACGGGAUUGAUUGGUCGCGCACAUCUCGAGACCAAAUCGUCACCUGCUCCUUGGACAAAUCUAUCAAAACUUGGAAUAUCAAUGCGGUCGACGCCGAUAACCCUGAACCUGAAUCAUACAUCCGAACAACAUACCCGGUCUGGAGAGCGAGGAACUUGCCGUUUGGAGAGGGGAUUCUGAGUUUGCCACAGCGUGGCGAAACGACACUUGAGAUGUAUGCCAAAAGUGAUCCACAUGCGCCGGUUGAAGUCUUCGAAGGACAUUCCGAUGUUGUGAAGGAAUUCGUGUGGAGGAAAGGAGACCAAGACGACUUUCAGCUAAUCACAUGGUCCAAGGAUCGCACCCUGAGGUUCUGGCCGAUAGAUGGAGAAGCUAUGCAGAAAGUCGGCCACAACCCACAAGUAGUACGCGGUCGCUCAAAGCUGACCCGAUCUGCCAUGGAGUACUAUGACACAUUCCGCAACCCGCCAGACACAGAAGCCAAAGAAACAUAUUCCACCAUCUCAGCGCCAAUAGGUAAUCGAGGCAUACUGGCUGAAGUUCGAGCUUUACACCCGUCGAAGGGUAGUCAUCCGAUCAGGCGAGCCUUUGAAAGCAACCUUUCUUCGCGGAUUGGCGACGAGCAUUCCACUCCAACUACGCGAUCUAUUGCCUUUGUUCCUGGUCGUUCAGUUGGUGGUACUAUGAGCAAAGGCGGUACUGGAAUUAAGAAUGCUGCCCAGCUCGAUCAGCUGACCUGGCUUGCAAACGUCAAAGUCGGCAGUAAACGAGGAAGUAGUUCGGGAGGGGGGAGUCAUGGUGCCAGUAGACCUCCGUCCAGGCUUCGUUCGGGUUCAAGGCCGCCUUCGGGUCAUGACAGGAGUAUCAGUGAAAUUGGAGGACGACAAAGGAGUGGAAGCUUGAGUCGAGCCUUGGAUGACCGCAAGGAAGCUGAUAACAACCAGUCCUUACAGGAAGAGAUUACGACCGUGCUUACUAAAUUGGCUGCUUCAAAAAUCAAGUUAGAAAAGCACGAUCUGACGAAAAAGAGGACGUGUACUCUUGGCCUGCACGGACCGUGGGGAGAGACAUCCUCCGUGUUCAUGAGGGUGACGUUCACUUUCCCUCGCGAUUAUCCUUAUUCUACACAUCCUCAUGGAACCCCUGCUGUUGAACUUGAACGCAAUCCAUUGAUAUCGAUGAGGGCUCGUACCUACAUUUUGAAACACCUCCGAAGGAUACGAGAAAGAAAACGACCUUGCUUAGAGGCCUGCCUUCGCUUCCUUUUAUUUGCUGAUGAAGGUCAUACCGAUCAGGACUUCGCGGACUCUGAAUCGUCUUCAGACGACGAUCAACCUUCUGGGAAAAAACCGAGAGAUAUCACAGUGUCCCUGUUAAGAAAUAACAAAAACCUGGCAGAGCCACGGACAUCGCAGGGUGCUUUUGGGCCAAAUGGCGAGCUCAUAUGCUUCUUCAGGGCACCGCCUAGAAUCGUUCGAAAUGUACUACGGGAUCUCACUGGAGCAGGAAACAAAGCAACAGAAGAGCCUUCGACACCUCAGCCUCAGGAUCAGCCGUUGCCACCGCCUGUACCACAGCCACAGCAAAAGAAAAGCUACUUCCAGUCUCCAGCCUUGGUUUCCGACGCGGUUCGCCGAUUAGGCCUGGCAGCAACUGACCGCACAGUACAGCCAAUUGAUCCUAAGCGCCCAGAAGCAGAACUCAAUAUCCUUCGUGCUAUGACCAAUCUUUUGACUAUGCCACAGCAGCGGCGUCGGGAUUCGGAUGCAAAACAACCAGAAGAGGUGCCAAAAAAUUACGCACUAUUUACUGCCCGCCGCAGUACUGUUUUUCUCACAAGCACCAGAGAUUUUACCGGUGCAGAUCAAAAGGUCACUUCGGAAUAUAUAUUUAUGGCGGAUUCUUUGGCAGCCGUAUGCGAUACAAAUGCCAAUGUGGCCAGGCGGCAUGGACGAUUCGAUCAUGAACGAAUUUUCAAGACGUUGGGGACAUUGUUCAAUCAACCAGAUAUCGAUAAGAAGGCGAAAGAAUCGAGCUUUGUCUCAGAUUCUCUUGCAGCCUCUGUUAUCAAACAACUGUAUUCCAAUCUCGUAAUUGAAAAGGACGUGCAGAUGUUAGCAAUGAUCGCUAUGCUUGUGCUACAAACGGAGCAUGGCAUAGCUCCUCAUCCCACUAUCGGGAGAAGAACAGAAUCUUUCACCCCUGUUCCUCAUGUUAGCAUCCCUUCCCGACUCGGCGGAAUGGAUUAUUUUAGCCUUACGAAAGCCAUCAACCCCUCCAGCCCCAUCUCACCUGCCUGGCCAAGGCUACCAUCUCCAGCAACGGCUCCACUGGCCCCUUCGGUUUCAUCUUCUAACUCCUCUCGUGGGUCUUGGUCCAGUUUAUUCAAUACAGGGAGUGCUGUGCGACAAUUCAUGAAUGGCAUGCAGGAUACUUUUAAGGAUGGCCUGACAACCCCAACGGAGACAAUGCCAACUACGCCAUCUGCCGAUUUACCCGGUCAUGGUGCUUCUCGAUCGGCUGAAAAGCCCUCGAAAGUCCAGGAUCCAGCAGCACAGGAUCCAAGGAAAAAAAGGAUUAGAAAAGAUUCAUCCUUCCAGUCUCCUACGCCGGUCUCCAAGUCUUGGAACGAUGGAACGACCAAUUCUUCAAAGAUAAUGUCUUCCUCGUUUUUUUCGGCAGGGCAGAAAAACCUAUCCUCAAACUUGUUCAUGGCCGACAAGCGCCGCAUUCGAUUCGAACCUCUUAUUUAUGAAGAAACAUCCCCUCCCCUGUUCGAAGCCGACUUGAUCGAACGAUUCAAGCUAAACGUAUACGCGUAUUCGGAGCUUCUCUUCAGAUGGCAACUAUACCAUAAGCGUUUGGAAUUACUGAAAGCGUCAAGACAGAAAUACACAGCAUUGGCCUCCACCGCAUUUGUAUUCGACCUGAUUGCAAAAUGA